AGGCGCUAAAUCGACAGCUUUAUUCUGAGGUCCUUCGGUGCCGAGGUCAACAGGGUGUCUAUGCAGUAUCUCCUCCAUAUCGUCCUUACACCGGCUGCCUCCAACCUUUGCUAAUCUCACCGGUAGACCAUAUAGCCGUUAUUCUUGACAUAAUGGCAGUUCCUCCAGCAUAUGCCGACCUUGGGAAAUCAGCAAAGGAUAUCUUCAACAAAGGAUAUGGCUUUGGAAUGAUUAAGCUUGAUGUGAAGACCACAUCUUCAAAUGGAGUGGAAUUUAAAACAUCUGGCUCCUCAAACAUAGACACCAGCAAGGUCACUGGCACUCUGGAAACCAAGUAUAAGUUGGCAGAGUAUGGGCUGACCUUUACAGAGAAGUGGACCACGGAAAACACUCUGGGGACAGAAGUCUGUAUUGAGGAUAAGAUCACCAAGGGACUGAAACUUCAAUUUGAAAACAUGUUUUCACCCAACACUGGGAAAAAGAGCGGUAAAGUCAAGACAGCAUAUAAACGGGAAUACCUCAACGCUGGAGUCGAUGUGGACUUAGACUUUGCCGGUCCAACUAUCCAUGCAGCGGCGGUGGUCGGAUACGAGGGUUGGCUUGGUGGCUACCAGAUGACCUUUGACUCGGCCAAAUCUAAGAUGACUCAGAGCAACUUCGCUGUUGGGUACAAGACCGGGGACUUCCAGCUUCACACCAAUAUAAAUGAUGGUUCAGAGUUUGGUGGCUCUAUCUAUCAGAAGGUAAACAAGGACCUGGAGACGGCCGUGAACCUCGCCUGGACGGCUGGCAGUAAUGGCACUCGCUUCGGAAUCGCUGCUAAAUACCAGUUAGACUCUAGUGCCUCUGUAUCAGCUAAGGUGAAUAAUUCCAGCUUGGUAGGAAUUGGAUACACCCAGACCCUGCGGCCUGGUAUGAAGCUAGUCCUCUCAGCAUUAGUGGAUGGGAAAAACAUCAACGCUGGUGGUCACAAGCUCGGUCUAGGCCUGGAGCUGGAGGCGUAAAGAACUGCUCCACCGUUUCAGAAGAAUAUCAGCAGAUUCUGCGCGCUCAGCGACGGAUAUGUUAACGACGAGGCCAAACUAAGUAGAAUCCCAAUAUGCAGGCACCGACGAGAUGGAAACGAGCAUUUCCACCAACCUCCUGUCUUUGUGAUUCAGCCACAUGUAUUUAUUUAUCAGCUACUUUCCCCUUCUGCCAAUUUAUCCCCCACAACAAUACAAAAAGGCCCCAGCUUAUUUAGUUUGACUAUCCAAAGUGAUUUCAGAACCUUAAUAUUCUGCUGCAAAUGUGAUUAUGUAGAAUGUACAACUGAUAUUUUGCACAGUAGAAUAUAUAACUUUUAUUUAAGCUCUUACUCCUAUUAUCUCUACAUAUUUUGGUAGUGUUGUACUGCCUGGUGGAAUUUUGCUGCUCCUCACUUAUUUCCAGUAGAGCCUUUUAUUGUGGUGUGUCACAUUUUUUAGUUUGCCUUUAGUUGCUUGGCAAUGCUAAAGUUUUCCUCUUUGAAUCAAAAUCAAGUUCUCUUCCGUUUUAGAGACAACACUAAAAGAGCAGUCUGUAUGUUGGCGUGUGUCUACCUGCAAAAUAAAACCUUGAUAUCA